AUGUGUAAAUGUUUACAGGAAAAGAGAAUCUUCCAAAUCCCGUGGAUGCAUGCUGCGCGCCAUGGCUGGGACUUGGAGAAAGAUGCACCGCUCUUCAUGAAAUGGGCCAUACACACAGGUAAAUACCAGCCAGAGGUAGACCGUCCGGAUCCAAAGACAUGGAAGGCGAAUUUCCGCUGUGCCAUGAACAGUCUGCCAGACAUUGAGGAAGUGAAGGAUAAAAGCAUCAAAAAGGGAACUAACGCCUUCAGAGUAUAUAAGAUGCUCUCCUCCGCAGAGAGAAGUAUGAAGAAAGGAAAGAAGAAGUCUGACAAAGAGGGGAGGCCCAAGGAAAAUAAAGAGGCAGCUUCUCCGUUUCCAGACAAAAUUGUUCUCCAAGCUGAUGCUGGACCUAUUGACUAUUCCAAACAGGAAGAGGUCAAGCAGGAACCCAUAGAGUCAACAGUGAUGGACAGUGCCUCAGCCAUUAACAGCUCAGUCGAAGACCACGUGAUCACGAGCGAGCAGCUGCCAUUUGUCUGUCAGACAAUUGAAGUAACCACUGAGAAUGAGGAGCAAACUGUUAGCUCCUCCCACUCGUACCCGCUCCAAAUCUCCCCUGUUUCUUCAUGCUGCGGCAGUGACACAGACAGUGACACAGAAGAUACUAAAGAGGGUAUCAGUGCAGUCUGGAAGCGGGACUACAGCACAUCAGUCCUCAGAGUUCCCACAUGUUCUCUGCCCGGCAUGGACACUUUUGUCAACGCAAACAAGCCCAACUUCAGAGUCACCAGCAUGCGAGACCCAGACCCUCUCAUCAGCUACCACACAGACGGCUGGACGUCGGAGACCAGCCACACCCAUGAGAUGCGCGCAAGUGUCAUAAUGAAAACCUCCGACGUUACCUCUUCCUGA